CGUCCCUUGAGUCGAAAUGAAGUUGUUGGUUUAAUUUUUCGUUUGACAAUAUUUGGUGCAGUAACAUACUUUACUAUCAAAUGGAUGGUAGACGCAAUUGAUCCAACCAGAAAGCAAAAAGUAGAAGCUCAAAAACAGGAGCUCCUGGGACACACGUGUAGAAGACAUAUUAAAAGCUAAGUAUAGAUAUUAAGUAAUAUAUAAGUGGAUUGUCAUCUUUAAGCCUUUAUUGAAAACUAUAUGUACAGUAGUAUUCUAAAUAUCAGGUAUAUGAAGUGUUAGAUAUCACGUCUUCCCCCAUCGUGCCCAUGGUAGGGAAAAAAGACUUGUCCAUGAGGAUAUAAAUUACAGUACUAAGUAGCAGAUGCUAGUUGUCUAAUGAGUAGUGUAGAUAGUUACUAUGGCAUUUAGAGAAUGGAGCAGUCACCAGUGAUUGAGGCAGUUAAGGAUGGCUUUAUGAAAGAGCUUGAUCUCUAGGUUAGGAAAGGACAGUUUUAAGUAGAAAGAAAAUCAUGAACACGGUGAGGGUAGGGAUAACAAGACCUGUUAAAGGAACAGUAAAUAGAUUAGUCGGGUUGGAGUGGAGGACUUAUGUAAGUAACCAGUAGGACCUGGAGGGGAAGGUAAAGGACUAAAUAUCUGAUAAAGAGCCCUGAGUAUAAAGUCAGGGAACAGAGCUCUGCUUUUCCUUUUCUCAGUUUUUUAAAAUUCGUUGGUGGGUGGACAGGCUGGUGAGAAACGCCACAGUGUUUCAGAAGUCCAUUGUCAACUGAGAAAGAGGCAUACUUUUUGCUUCUAGUGUUGUCCCACUCCACAGUAACAAGUGUUUUAAAAUAUCCCAGAUGAAAAGAUUGUCAUGGAAUUUGCUUGACUAGGGGCUGUAGCUUCUGUUAUUCUUCCUCUUUUCCUCCCUACCUCCCUGGCCAACUGUUGAAAUAUACUGUUGACCAGUUAAAGACUUCUGUGUAGGCCACGGUAAACUAUCAUACAUAUGAGAAGGUAGAUUAUAUGCAAAACAACGUUUUAAGGAUAAUUCAUCUUACAGUGGUAUAUAGGAGGAAUUGGAGUCGGGAGAGAAGACUAGAAGCAAGAUUAGUUGGAUAUAGAUUGCAACAGUAUGGCAAAGACCUAGAAAAAGGAAUGGAGUUGGUGAAAUAGACUCAAAAAAAAAAAAAAAGGGGGAGGAAGGACCUCGUGAUGAUGUGGAAAGAAAAGAAAAAAGACAUCUUGCUUUUCUCUGUAAUAACAGUAUGUUACAUUAGCAAGAAUAUGGAACAAUAAGAACAUCUGUACUGUUGGUGGAAAUAAAAAUUAGUAAAACCAUUUUGAAAGAGUUUGGCAUUAUCUAGUAAAGGUGAAAAUGUGCAUCAGGAGGGAAUAAUCAGAAUUUGUGGAAGUUGGCGGGGGUGGUAAAUAUAAGUCAAAAGUGCCCCAGAGAUGAUUUCGUUAUCCUCUUCCUCAUAGUCUCUCCCACUAGCUGAAGAAUCACUUGUAUAAAGUCACCAAAGCCAAAAGAGGAGAAGGUUGCAAAAGAGAAUUGGUUGUAACUGUUGGGUUAUAGAAUGGCCAAGGAGAAAAAGAAGCCAUGAAGCAUGUGAUCUAAAAAAGUGAUCAGUGAAUUUGGUGACCAAUCAUUAAGCUUGGAGAGAGCAAUUUCCGUUCAGUGGGAGCAGCAGUGUGAGAUAAAGCAACAUGGUCGUUUGAGAGUUUCCUGGGGGGAAAGUGAAGAAUAACAAAAGAAAAGGCUAGUGGAGAAGGAAGAGGAGAGAGAGGAUGUAGAGUGGAUGGAGAGAAGAACCAGGAGGGAUUGGAAUCAGUAGUUAUAAGAACAUUUUGAGGUGGAGUUGUUUGAUUCUGAAUAACAUGAAGGGGAGAGGUUGUGACUAAAUGUGCAUGGGUGUGAAGGAGCUUGGGGGCUUGCUGAGGUAAUGUGUGAUGGGUGUUUAAGGGGAUUUAAUUAAUUGUGGACUAUGGAGCCUUAGGGCAUAGUUGAAGAAAGCAUGAAUUUAUUGUGAACUCAGUUGUUAUCUUUUUAUUAACUUCUCAAGCAUCACACAGCAACUUGGUGGCAGAUAAAGUGAAUGGUGGCACUGAACCAGCAUCGGGGAUGGAGCUGACUGGCGUAACAAGAAAGGGCUUCCCAAGGCAGAAAAACUAAUGAAGCAAAUUGGUGUGAAAAAUGUGAAGCUUUCAGAAUAUGAAAUGAGUAUUGCUGCUCAUCUAGUAGACCCACUUAAUAUGCAUGUUACUUGGAGUGAUAUAGCAGGUUUAGAUGAUGUUAUUACAGAUCUGAAAGACACAGUCAUCCUACCUAUCAAAAAGAAGCAUUUGUUUGAAAAUUCCAGGCUUCUGCAGCCUCCAAAAGGUGUUCUUCUCUAUGGGCCUCCAGGCUGUGGUAAAACGUUGAUUGCCAAGGCUACAGCCAAAGAAGCAGGCUGUCGAUUUAUUAACCUUCAGCCUUCAACACUGACUGAUAAGUGGUAUGGAGAAUCUCAGAAGUUGGCCGCUGCUGUUUUCUCCCUUGCCAUAAAGCUACAGCCUUCUAUCAUCUUUAUAGAUGAAAUAGAUUCCUUUCUACGAAACCGUUCAAGUUCUGAUCAUGAAGCUACAGCCAUGAUGAAAGCUCAGUUUAUGAGUCUCUGGGAUGGGUUGGAUACUGAUCACAACUGCCAGGUCAUAGUGAUGGGAGCCACUAAUCGUCCUCAGGAUCUUGACUCCGCUAUAAUGAGAAGAAUGCCUACAAGAUUUCAUAUCAACCAACCUGCUUUAAAACAGAGAGAAGCAAUACUGAAACUGAUCUUGAAAAAUGAAAAUGUGGAUAGGCAUGUAGACCUGCUAGAAGUUGCCCAGGAAACUGAUGGGUUUUCAGGAAGUGAUUUAAAAGAGAUGUGUCGAGAUGCUGCCCUCCUCUGUGUCAGGGAAUAUGUUAAUUCUACGUCAGAAGAAAGCCAUGAUGAAGAUGAAAUUCGGCCUGUGCAACAGCAGGACCUGCAUCGGGCAAUUGAAAAGAUGAAGAAAUCAAAGGAUGCAGCAUUUCAGAAUGUAUUAACACAUGUUUGUUUAGAUUAAGAGUAAAGAUCAUUUGUACAGUCAAUGUGAUAUAGUUUGGUGUAUGCUGUUACUAGUUAGUGGAAAUAGAAUGGAAGGAGGAGUGCUCUUUAAACAGUAAGGGAGUUGAAUGUUUAUGACACUGAUUUUAUACUCUGGAUUCUAAGUUAUUGAGAUAUGGUUGUUAUAUAAGCGGUAUUACUACUUGUCAGAAAUCAUGAGGUGGAACAGUUUAAUCCAGCCCAAGUAUGUGUGCGUGUGUUUGACCUCGUUAGCCAUACGUCGUGCAGCCUUAUAGCAUCUAAGCUGGUCUUAAAGUGGUAAAUGAUUCGUGGGUCAUCAGUGAGAAUGGGGAUGUGCUCAAGUACUGGUUCCUAGAUACACGAGUGUGUGUGUGUGUGUGUGUGUGUGUGUGUGUGUAUUAAAUGUAUAUAUUCACACAUUUUAUAUUGAUAUCCUGUAGAUAUGUUUGAAUACAGAAACUUUUUUUUACCCCAACUACUGAAUCAGAAGUACCAAAUAGCAUAUAGCAAAACUAAGAUGUAAGGUUAUGUCUGAAAGGUACAGUGAUUCAGCCAUUUUCCAGUUAUUUGUUUCAGCCUUUUUUGAAGUUGAGGGUUUCUCUGUCUGCACCUGAUUAGUUGGAGUCAGCCACAUCUGACUCAAAUAUUUAGGCUUGACUCAAUUAUUACAGUUGUCAGGAUAAGCAAGUAAAAAUACUUGUUCAGUGAGCAGCAUUGAAUUGUUGUCAAGCAAUCCUGUGAUCAGUGCUGAUUUCACAUCUUUCUCCAAACACCUUGAGUAGAGACAUUUUUUAAAUUUUAAAUUGACUUAGUUGAAGGUAGAUUGAAAAUCUUGAAAAAGAAUGGGUUUGAAAAAUUCAGUGUUACUCAAUACGUUUAUGUGACGUUCUACCUUUCUUCAGUUCUCUUGUAACCACGUUUUUUUUUUUAAUGUUAUUUUAAAGUUGUAUUUUCUUUAAUUAUGGUCAAAUUUAAUUUGGUCAUCAGAAAUAAAAUGGUAGUUUAAAACAAGUAGCUGUUACUAAAUGUGCUCAAAAUACUCAUUUUGUAACUUUAAUUUUUAAAUUUUUCUUAGCAUAUUAUAAACUGUGCCCUAGUUAAAUGCAACUGUACACAUCAAAAUUCUUAUAUUGUGUCUAUAGUCGGUUGAUCCUAUGUGAACUACAUAUGAAACAUUUUUUUGUUUGAAAUUCCGUUAACCAGAAUUCUGUUACAGACGCUUAAAACCACAGCCUGAGGAAAUGGCACAACAUAGUUUUGAGGUGCCUUCUGAAUCAUCAGAAAGAUGGAAUUAUGCUUCAUAUAUUUUUACCAUGAGUCUUUGAAAAUUCUCAAUCUUUAUUCAUGAGUUAUUGGAUUAAGUCCCCCAUUAUAAGUCUCUCACUAGAACAUACUGGAUAGUUUAUUCUUCAGUUGAACUUUGAAUGGUGGAGGCUGUAGGAGAACACUUUGGGUAACAAAAAGCAAGUUAUGAAAAGUUGUGAAGAUGAUGGAAAAUUCUGAGGCAGAAUACAAGAUACCAAAAAAAUUUGUCUCCAUUUUUAAUAACUAUAUUAUACUAUUAUUUUGUAAAUGUGUAAUAAAGGGAUCCCUCUUUUUUGAUUUUUCUGCACUUACUUUUUGGUCUUUUUCAGUUAUUUAAAAAUGUCAGCGUUUCUUGGUAUAUAAUCUGAUGGCAUAUUGAUUGAAAAUAAGGGUUGAUGUAUCUAUCA